UGGUUUCUCAAUUCUCCAUCUUCUACCUCCGAGCAUCAUCUGGCGACAUCGCCACUACCAAUGGACUCUUCGGCCUCCAAUUAGUUGACCCAGGCUGCGUCAUCCAAUGAUAUCGAAAGUCAGCACCACAUGCUUCUGACUGCGAGUCCGGAUCUACACCCAACAGAGAUCACAGAAUCGGGAGCGAUUUGGGGAUUUAGGGUUUCAAAAUCGAAAGAGUCGUCGUUUUCGAAAUGGCGUUGGGCAAGGUGAAGGAGCUCGUCUCGUCCAAUCCGGUAGUCAUCUUCAGGUUCUCUCUACCUCUUCAUCUUCUUCUGUGUGUCUAUAUAUAUAGAAUUGUCGAUCGUUUUGAACCAAUUUGGAAAUUUGACAAUAAGAUUUUGAUUUGCUGCAACAAGCUUUGUCCUCACUGUGUUUGCGUGAAGCAGCUCUUCGUUCUAAAAUUGGGAGUCCAGUACAAGGCCAUUGAAUUGGACCAAGAGAUGUCUGUCUAUAUGCUUCAAACUAAGUUGACAAAACAUGUUUGUGGCAUAUGCAAGAAGUGGAAUCAGCCUGACAGUGGAAGUUGGGUUGUUGAAGGCCCUUGUAACUCUGUGCCUAUUCCUGACGGGGCAGCUCUAUCAGCAUUUCAGUACUUCGAAAACGUCAGAAAUUUCCUUGUGGCUGUGGAGGAAUUGGGGCUUCCAACCUUUGAAGCCUUUGAUUUGGAACAGGGAACCAAAUUUUGA